CCUUAACCGUCUCAACCAAGACGUGAGACUGUGAGAGCUUCAGCCAGUGUGUGUGUGCACUCCCUUAAAGGACGGUACUUAUCGAACAUCAGGAAGACACCCUACCCACUCAACAAGUCAGUUCACAGUCACAACUCUAGAUUUAACAGUGCAACUCUCUAAACACACGCGUUUGGGUUCAGUGCUUUUUCUACAGACAACAGCCACGCUGUUUUUGACGAGCGCCAGCGCCGAACUUUAAUUGAUGGAUUGAACCAGCCAAGUUGUGACGCAUUUGGUUUCCCUAUUUUGUUAACACGUUAUGAAGUCACAUCUAGUCGUCUAUUUGUGUAACAGGAAUUUUAGUCUAGGCAUUUGUGACUUGAAUAACAAUCCGGAUCGGGAGUAUAAUUUAAUAUGAAUGACAACAAUAUGGAUUCUGAUCAAGUUCAACAAACAGAUGGCAGCACAUCAGAAGAAUCAACAAGUGGUCCUAAUCAAAGGAUGACAAGAUAUCAGAUCCUCACUUUGAUAUCAAUGGCAUCUGUCAACUUCAGCUCAAUGAUCUGCUACUCUAUACUUGGGCCAUUCUUCCCCAACGAGGCCAUGAAAAAAGGAGCCAGUCAGACUGUCAUCGGACUUAUAUUUGGCUGCUAUGCUCUGUGCAAUCUGAUGGGCUCUUUAGUACUGGGUAAAUAUAUUGUCCAGAUCGGGGCAAAGGUCAUGCUAAUUUCAGGCUUAUUCGUAUCAUCGGGGUGCACCAUUCUCUUUGGCUUACUCGACAGAGUUCCUGAGGGAGCUACUUUUAUUACGUUGUGCUUUAUCAUAAGGUCUGUUGAUGCUCUGGGCUUCAGUGCUGCAAUGACUUCUUCUUUUGCAAUUUCAGCAAAAGUUUUCCCCAACAACAUAGCAACUGUUCUGGGUAGUUUGGAGAUCUUUACAGGGCUGGGUCUGAUACUGGGACCACCAAUAGGUGGAUGGCUGUAUCAGUCAUUUGGAUACGAAGUCCCUUUCAUGGCUCUGGGAUGCUUUCUAUUUCUUAUGGUCCCCUUCAACAUCUACAUCUUACCAAGCUUUGCUGCUGAUCCUACCAAGGACUCCUUCUUCAGGCUGUUCACACGUCUGAAGAUAGUCCUUAUUUGCUUUGCCAUAUUCACCCUGAGCUCUGGACUUGGCUUUCUGGAUGCAACCUUGUCCAUAUAUGCCAUUGAUAAGUUUGACCUCUCUCCAGGUUAUGUGGGUCUUCUCUUGCUUGGCCUGUCGUUGCCUUACUGUCUGGCCUCACCUCUGCUUGGUAUCGUUAGUGACCGGUUUCCUUCCACGAGGCCAUGGUUGAUGGUGCUAGGAGGCUUGUCUACAGCAACUGGUUUCUGGUUCUUAGGUCCUGUCCCCAUUCUGCAGAUCCAGAGUCAGCUGUGGCUGUUGGUCUUCAUGCUGGGUGUCAUAGGAUUCUCUCUAAGCAUGAUUGCCAUCCCCACCUUCCCUGAAAUACUCAACUGUGCAUAUGAAAAUGGAUUUGAGGAGGGGCUGAGCACUCUUGGACUGGUGUCUGGAUUGUUUGGAGCAGUGUGGUCCAUUGGAAUGUUUUGUGGUCCAACGCUUGGUGGCUUCACCACACAGCAGCUGAGCUUUGAGUGGGCUGCUUCUGUUCAAGGAGGCCUGGCCUUUUUAGCCGCUUUCUUUCUUGGUAUAUAUUUUCUCUGUCAAGGAGCACGAGAAAGAAGGGCUCCUCAGAUCAAGAGGAAAAUACCUUCAGAUGAACGUACCCGUCUUCUGUCCUGAUCAACAAUCAUCUACCAGGAACAUGUAGAGUGAGAGAUGGGUACCAAACAAUAAACACCACUUAUUAAAAUAUGUGUAUGUAUUGCUAGAGAUUGAGGUGGGCAUGCAUUGUAUUGCUAGAGAUUGUGAUAACACAGAACAAUGAGAAAGAUAUUUCACCAGAUGUAUAAAUGUGAAGCAUCCGGUUGGCGUUUUCACUCAUUACCAAAUAUGGUGGUGAGAGGAAGCCCAGUGGCCAGCAGUGGGAGAAGACAUUCUGCAAAUUUUCUCUUCGGUGUCACAUUUGAUCUCAAUACAGUUUUCUGUUUCCAAAACUGUUACGAACAGAGUGGACUAAGUUUUGUAGACUUUACCCUUUGCCAAAGUUUUAAAAAAUUGCAUUAUUUAGGAGUGCAAGGGCAAAUUUCAGAGUAGACAUUCCCUAACAGAAAUAUGCAAAUACAUGCUAGAACGCACCAAUAGACUCUCGCUAGCUUUUGCUUGGCUAUGCCCACCUCGUUUGUUCUGCCCACUAUGAUUAAUUUGCUUACAUUGGAAACGACAGGCUGUGGUCUAUCUUGGGUUAGUUAUAAAAUAUCUUUGGUGAUAAUGUACAGAACCCUUUACUUUUUCCACAUUUUUGUUACUUUAUAGGGUUAUUGUAAAAUGUAUUAAAUAAAAAGAUUUCCUCAUCAA